AUGAAGCUUCACUGCUGGACUAAUAAUGUAGCUGUUCAGCUGUAGGCGGCGCUGCAUGUCUAGCGCUGCUCCCUCUGGCGGCCAGGCGCGCUCACUGCAGCCGCUCGAACAUGCCCGAACAAAUGCCGGUCCUCUGUGACUCACUGCCCAAUAUAAAAGCACACCAGCCCGCAGAAACUCUCAGUCAUGACAGCUCAGAGGCGCAGAGCUCGCGUGGAGUCAGCAAUUGUCACAAUGGCGGCGCACAAGCGGAUCCUACGUUCACUCGGUAAUGGGCCGACUAGGCGGAGUCUUUUCGGGCCGGUGGACCGCGAGCAGCUGCAGCGUGAGUACCGGGCGGCGCUACGGCGCGAUCUGGAGGACGCAUCGCGACGCUGGAGCUUCGACUUUGCGUCUGAGAAACCACUAGAGGGCGGAGACUUCCACUGGGAGGGCGUGUCCGGCGUGCGCGUGCCACUACUGUACCGCGCGUGUCAGGAAAAGCAGCAGAAACGGCCCUGUGAGGCUCAUCAGCCCGGACAGUCCGCCGCUGGAAAGGAAAACAUCCCGAAAACACCAGAACGAUGUGCUGCACUCCCGCAUGAAGUGGAGAAAACCCCAGAGAAGAGCAGCGAGCUGAAGCGCAAACAGACCAACAUCACAGAUUUCUACCAAGCCAAGAAGCGUCUAGUGGCCACGCCGCGCAAAUCCGGCCAGUAGCUGAAGGAGACACACACACACACAGAUAAACUCUUGACCUGCAUCUACCUUCAUCUGUCUGGAGCUGCAUUCGUCUCGUAGCAGCGUUAUUGACAGAAAACGACCUUCAGGAACCAGAGACGACACCGUUUAUUCCGUUUUUAUUUCAACCGUUUUAUGUCAACGGUUAACAUUUACAAGUGGAAAUGUUCUGGAAAGAUCCAUUCCUCAGUCUUCCAGAGAUUGUCUCUCGACGGGACCACAGAAUCAUGACAACUGUUUCAUUACGAACAAUAUAAAGCGCUGAUUUUUAUUUCAGCGUGCACAUAUUCACAUUGCCUUAUUGCACAAAACGUAGCUAAUGUUUUAAAACUCUAAACAUUUGGUGCCAAAUGUUGUUUUUUCCUCUUCUUCUAUUUAUAAUUCUAACCCUUUAUGUUAUUUUACACAUAAACCUUCAUGAAGCUGCCAGUAAGUUCUCACAUCUUUAUCGUAAUUGAGCUGCAAUUACGUUUUUCUACUACAUUAAACUUUGUUUAAAAAAAAAACACUUGGCGACGUUCAUGAAACACGAGCAGAUAGAACUGAGAGAACAAAUUCAUUCUUGCGUUUAUUUUAACGAAAACAUUUUUGCACAAUUUUUUUUAUGCAGUUUUUGUGUUGAAAUAAAUGUAGGCUUAAAGUUUACGUGCACAAAAUGUUGUAAGAAUUAUGCAAAUCUUUUGGAAAACAUUUUUUUUUGUUAAAUUUGUACAGAAUUAGUAUAGAAAUGCUUUAAGAAUAAUUAUAGCAACAAACUUAUUCUACCAAAUAUAUAAGAAAUAUUGCAAUGACAAUAAAAAAAGUUAAAAAAUAAGAAAUAAAAAAAACUGAAAAUUAACAUGCACAUUUUUUUUACAAAGAAUUAAAUAAUUAUUUGCGCAAUUUAUUCGUGAAAUUAUUUUGUUGCAUUAGGUUUAGCGUGAAAAUCUAAUUGCGUGAAACGUCAAUUCGAGAAUUAGAAUUGACGCAAUUUUACGCAUUUCAAUUUUAAUACAACAUAGAUCAGAUUAGACCACAAAAGACUGUUAAAACACAGCAUUUUUCGUAACGAAUUUGCGCAGAAGUGUGUUCUGCUCUUGCUCCAUGAACGCUGACACUACAUCAUAUUUACAAACGCUCUACAAAUACAUUAAAAUAAACUUCAUAAGAAGUACGAACACCAGCUUUCAUGUGUUUCCUAAUCAAGAUCUCAGCUCUGUCGGCUUUCUGAAGUUUAGCAUUCAGCUCUUUACCAGCUCUAGAACUCUGCUUGUUUUCUGCGACCCGUCUGUAAAUAUCCUGUUUAUUGGAUAAUUCGCCGUCGAUUGAGAAUUGCACUUGGGGUUUCUUUUGUUUUGUUUUUAUUUUUUGGAGUAGUGUAGCUUGCACAGGUCUGUUAUUGUUAAAGAGCUCAAAAUAUAUGCUGUAUUUAUUUUACAGAUUAAUAUUGUAUUGUAGAUUUACAUGUAAUUGUUCUUGUAAUAAAGCUGUUUAUGAUAUAAAA